UGGUCAUUAUAGUGUCAAACAAAUAAUUUUUAGGUUACUGAAAUUCACAAAACAAUGUUACUGUGUUUAUAAUAGUUUUUGGUUUUAUAAUUGCCUUUUUAUGCUUUAAUUUAGAUAGGAGUUUGAAAUAAUACCGAAUUUUAAAUAUAAGCCAUGGAUAACAGUAACAGAAUCGUCCCACCUCAUCUCAAUGCUGAAAUAUACAGAACCGACACCACCGGCACGACCACCCUUUCAUAUUUAGACUACAUUAAAAUUCAUUCUGACGGAAGUGUUCUGGUGGGAUCAUCAGAACUCACUGGUCGGUAUUGGAACGGCGGCGUGAGUGUGUACAAGAGUAUAGCCGAAGCUCAAAGCAUCAAAACUGAAGAUAAGAGGAGUAUUUCUUUAUGCAGCGGAACUGCCGAUGGUUGCUUUAUCGGAAGCUCUAAUAAGUUGUUGAUAUGUGAAGACAGUGGUGCAGUAAGUGUGUGGGUCAAGAAUGGUGACCAGCAGAGUGCUUGGAGUCAGUGGAGAGAAGACCUCUCUGUGGCAGAACAUGACAAUGCAGUGUUGGCUGUAGACUGCCUUGAGCCUGAACGCCUUUAUGCCACUGCUGGUGCUGAUGGAAAUGUUAAGGUGUGGGACAUCAAUGACAUGAUAUGUAUAAGGAAUUACAGUGCAGCGCACAGUAUGAUUGUAAAUGCAAUUGCAGUGAAACCAAAGUCUGCCCACAGUUUUGCAACUGGUUCCAUGGAUCAGUAUGUCACAUUGUGGGAUGAAAAUACUGAUAAAGCAGUGCUGGAUAUUAUGAAAAAUGAUUGCUCUAUUUACUGCUUGGCUUGGUUGGAUGAGAAUCGUUUAGCUGUAGGAGAUGAAGCUGGUGUAUUACAUUUGAUAGAUAUCAGGAAUACAGAAAAUAAAUUGAAAAUAGCAGAGUUCCCUGCAGCAGUGCACAAAUUGGUUGUGCAUCCAGAUUCGGACAAAGUGGCAGUAUGUUGUGACAAUAAAAUUGUCACAGUUUGCAAAGUGGAAGAGAAUUGUGAACCCAAAGUAAUAUACCAUGACAGACAUAUGCACAGCAACUACGUCAGAGGAGCAGCUUGGGACAUUGAGGAUAAGAACACUCUACAUACUGUUGGGUGGAACGGUGAAUUGAAAUCACAUUCUAUUUCAUUGGACUGAAAGUAAUUUCUAUAAUAAAACUAAUGGUAUAUGAGAAACACCUAUUAUACUACCAGUAGCAACUUAUUUCUUUAACACUCCUGAUCAAGAAAAAGGCAGUUAAGAUGUACCUAACAUUUAAAUUAAGACCUGUAAUACCUACCUUAACGUGCAAAUAAAUAUUUUGAGUUUGA